CGGUGGACCAUAGGACCGUCGCUGGCUGUCUGCUGCGGCUGUGUUGUGGUGCUGCUGCUGUUGUGGCCAUCGUCGACGUCUCGGUGUGCCGUUUCCUGUGUAGGAAAAGCUGCUGCUGUCUAUCUGCCUCUCUGUCUGUCUGUGGGUCCGUCUAGCGGCUGCUGUGGUGUGAUGUAGCCUGUAGCUGCAAGUUUGGCUGUCGCCGUCUAAGGCUAUGAGUGGUGGCAGCAGCAGCGGCAAAGAGGCAAAGGCGAAGUAAGGCAAACGACGGUACCGUACUGAGCCAGCAGUAACAGCAGCAAAGAGCCAGUAAAGAGCGAGUGAAUAGCGACAACGACGACGGCGGCGGCGGCGGCGGCAGUGGCGGCGGCGGCGGCGGCGGUGGCGGCGACGACGAUGACGAGUGGAACCAGCAGCGGGCGAGGAUCAGUCAGCAGUUGCUUGCUUGGUCUGUUAGCUGGUGAAUGAGUAUCUUCCUGGUGAUGGUAGCUGACGGUAGGGUGGUUCGGCCUGGCCCAGCGCAAUAGAAGCAGCAGCGACAAGCGAACAUCCGUCCGUCCGCCCGACCGAUCGCCCGCCCGCCCUACCGCAUCCCGCUGCUGCUGCUGCUGUUGCUGCUGCUGUUGCUUCCUUCGACUAGAGUGACUCACUUCAGGUCGUCGUCGUUGUCGCCGUUGCCAGAUUUAGACGACAACGACGACGUCGGCGUCGUUACUCGCCAUCACAAACGGCAGGAACCAGCCAUCGAAGAAGCAGCAGCAGCAUCCACAGCUAUCACCGAUGAACCUGCAGCAAAAUGGCUGUGAGCUAGCUAAAAGCUGCUGCUGCUGUUACAACCACUACGAGCUUUGGCUGGUGACUAGUCCAUCUGCGAGAGCUGCUUCGUUGGUUUACUGAGUCGCUGAGCAGCUGGCUUCUCGCUCGCCGUUACUGUCGUCUUGCAGCAAAGACCGAGUAAGUCUUAUCCUCUGUGCGUGAAUGUCUAUGCUAGCUGGCGUUUCCAAGUUGGAGCGGAGCCUCUUUUCGACAAACGAGUGACUGGUGCUCCUCCCAAAUUGCCUGCCGUGCGUGCGUGCCUGCCUGCUUGCGUGCGUGCGUGCGUGCAUGUGUAGGUGUAUGUGUGGGGAUUUUUCUACAACCACAACGAUAUUGAGGGAGACGAUUCGUGUUAUAUACAGCAACGAAAAGGGCAGCGUUCGUCACCUCUAUUGCUAGAGAUUCAGAACGAUUUUGACGCCUAGCUGCUUGCGUGCCGUUGUUAGCUACCAGGAUCACCAGGACCAAAAUCAACAGCACUCGUCAGUAAGUGCGUCACUGCAGGCAGCAGCAGCAGGUUUCCUCCUGUCCGUCGCAUCAUCGACAACGACGAUUCGAGUAAUUUUUAAACCCUACGAAUAUUGGUGCUACUGCUAGUCUUAACGUAGUAUAAAGUUAGCCAACCCAUCUGAGCGUCAGAUGAACGAUAUAACACUAGUACUCGGACCAUCAAUAACGACGUUGACCAUACCGUCACCAUAAUCAUAUCGAAGCGCGCUAUAUUGGUCGUUCUACUUAUCUAUUUGUGGUGUGCGAGCUGGUACCGUCGCCACCGGGUUGUAUAAGCGAUUCGGCUGGUUCUGCUAUCAUCGUCAUCAUCGGGUUAGUUGUUUUAGCGAGUUGCUUCGCGGUUUCUCUCGAUAGUUCUAACAAACAUUACUAGCGUACGCAAGGCUAGGCGCACUUUAUCCAACUCUGUGGGCGCCGCCGGUUAGUUCUGUAAAACGACAGCGAACAAACGGUGACCGAGUGCCAGCUACAACCUAACCUGCCGACAAGUAGCCAACUACGCAUCAAAGCGGUAGAAUAAUCGACUCUAUUUCUAUGACUAGUAACCUAACAGCAGCAGCAGCACCAGCCGCAGCUCUAGCUGCCGUUGUUACUUGCAACAAUCUCAACAUUUAAUAGCCGACGGUUAAUGGUGAUUCUAUUUGCGGUGGCCGCGGUGCUGGUAUCAGCAUAGUUUGUUUGUUCGUCCGUCCGUUUGUGUAGUGGUCGUAUCGUCAACGUCGUCGCGAUUCGUGUCGCUGGUGUGAUCGUAUGAUGGUCCAAUCAGGAAGAGCUGCUGUGAGUGUUUGUCGUCGUCGACGACGAUCCGCGUAAGUUUGGGGUGGCGCUAUCUGCUCGGCCAUCACCGUAUCACUGUAUCGGCACUGAUUCGACGUUGGUCAUAGGAAGUGAAUGUAUUUAAUAUCGUGCUGUGCGUCGCCGUAAUAGUAAUAUGCUGUGAAAACGUUCUAUACCUUACUCAAAAGGAACACGAAAGUUGGCAAAGGUGAAAGAAGACGAGUGCUGGUGUUAUUCGAUUCAUAUAGAAGAGCUAUUAUUUGUUAAGUCAUGCGCUCAUAGUAACGAGAAGAAACCUCGUUGAAGUGUGUCUGGGAAAGAAAACGGGUGUGCCCUAUUCCCUCCCUGGUUGUUGAUCGUCGUGCUGGUCGAAGGAGUGCUGUGUGCGUGUGUGUGGUGCCCUAUAGCAUUGAGGAAUAGUCCACAUUAUAGGACUACAACUGUACGUGCAGCCUUACAGCGAACAGCUAGAGGAUUUCCUUAGACGCCAUCGUGUCGUCUAGAUAUCUAUCGAUAUUGUCUUGUCUGUUUCUUGUUAUCUUUAAUUAGAAAAAAGUGUGUUGGUGUGAGUGCCCCGUGCUGGGGAAAUUAUAUGUACAAAGAAAGAAAACACAAAACGCCUAGUGAGUUUUGUUUAGUAAGCCAUUAAAAGCGCGAAAGCGACGAGUGCUUAUAUAUACCACGCGAGUGUGAAGACCAGUGUGAGGAUCCAGUCUGCCAGCAGUUGGAUGUACGCGACGUGCUGCGCAAGCUGACCUCUCAGCAAUAGCUGAGCGGACACCCGGAGAGACCGUAGACGAAGUUUUAAGGUGGUCGUAGCUUCAAUCAGGGUCCGCCGUGCGGCUCCCGGCGAAACGUGCGAAGAUGUCGGGUGGCUCUGCUGUGCCCCCGGCCCCAGCCGACAAUGACGAAGAUAUCCGGCUAAGGGUCGAGUCCAUCUCUGGACAGGUGCUCCAUCUGCGCGUGCCCCGCACAGAAACAGUGCUCGGUCUUAAGAACCGCAUUUUCAGCAAGCAGGGCAUUCCAGUGGCUGAGCAGAAUCUGAUGUUCCUGGAAGAGGAACUGAAGGACUUCCACACACUGGAGGAUUACAACAUCAAAGAUUCUUGUACGGUACGCCUCAGUGUGGGAAUGAAGGGCGGGCCAAUAAACACCAGGCGAACCCUUUACCUCGAUGACAAGAACACCAUCACGGAGAUGGCGAAGAUGCUUGCUGCCAACGACAUCUCCGUGGUACUCGUGCCGCACAACGGCGCUUACCACAUCAUUCCUAUGCCAUCUGCGAAACGCGAGCGUGACUCCAACCUGCCGUCGACCAGUCGUGAACGGCGAAGAAUCAGCUCAGUGAGCAGUAGGUUUAUGUACGUAGGGUCGCAGAAUAGCGAAACCCCCGGCGACGGUAUGGGCGGACGACGCAGUGAAGAGAACAAGGCCACAAAGAACAAAAUGGCCGCUCUCCAAAAACAACUGAAAGAGAAACGCACUGCACCGAAUGGACUUCAGCUCAGUGCAAGCACCGACAACGGCAGUAUCGUCUGUACCAACAGCGGCAGCGGCCAUAGCAGUACACCACAGAUUGCGCCGGCAUUAAUCAGCAGACAAGGAGGACAGUGCUGUGCAUCCAAUCUACAAAAAAGCAUCCUUUCUGAUGCGAUGCCACCGGCAGCCGCGUCAUCGGUGCUUGUAGGCGCCAGUGUGGGCAGUGCGAAGCCUCCCCGAAAGGUAGUCGUACCUCGUCUGAUCACAGCCCACAAUACCAUCUCGCUCAAUGUUAACGAGCUCAACCCCGCUCAGAGUCUGGCCUCGUACGCAUGUGCGGCCGCUGCGGCGUCUGGAGCAGGCGACGGUGGAGGAGCCUUCGAGGCUUCCUCGUCGUACGCUUCGGGUGUAGAGCGCAAUUUAGUCCUCUACCCGUCGGCUGGGUCGUCCGGCUCACCUGGCAACCCGCAGGGCGGGGAGGCCAUCUUCGUCAGCCCCUACAAGGGACUCUUCAGGUGCACAGCCGAUACUACGGAGAAUGCAUCUAAAGAAGACGUGUCGUCCGGCACUGGUCGCUGCUCGUCGGCGGCGGCCGCCCCUCCCCCUGCGGACAAUUCGCCCACGGUGGUGGAGAGGCCCCCGGCGGUGGGGUCCAGCCAACAGCAGGCGGGCCAGGGCCCUGCGGGCCCGGCUGGUUCACCGCCUCCCUCCUCCUCUGGCCUGGGCACGGCCAAGGCCCAACUGCUCCCAUCCCAGUCUACCCCGGGUGUUGGUACCCAACCCACGCCCAACAACAACCAUGCCCAACAGCAACAACAACAACAACAACAACAACAGCAGCAGCAGCAGCAGCAGCAGCAGCAGCAACAACAACAGCAACAACAACAGCUCGAUGACGUCACUUCCGCCAAGGAUGAAGUGAAAGUCGAGCGUCCGAGUGAGGAGGUGGCUUGUGCACCCACAGCGGUUGGAGGCCACAGUGGUAACGCUUCCACCGACGUGGCGGCCGCUAAGGUAGCAAAGCCUGGCGAUCCUGUGAAUGUUAAUACGCCCCCCAAAAAGAAACACCCACGCUGUGCCGUAUGUAACAAGAAGACCGGUCUUGCAUCAUCUUACACCUGCAGGUGCGGAGGCAAUUUCUGCGCAACGCACCGUUAUGCCGAAGCUCACGAGUGCGGUCACGACUACAAAACUGAAGGGCGGCAAUUACUGGAGAAGAGCAAUCCACUAAUCCAGGCGGCGAAGUUGCAGAAAAUUUGAGAAGCAGGCUGGAACGUCUUAUUAAUGCUACUAAUAAAAAUAAUAGUGCUCAACUUUGGUAGCAGUCAGAGCAUCAACCAAUCACAAUAACAGUACCAGCGGCAGUGAACCGCGUGCGGACCAAUAGCCGGAUGACAGAACUAUUAACAGCAAUUGUGCACCGAAGAGUGUGGACGAAGAAGCAGAUCAUAAACUUAAUAAAAGAAACGUAGCUGUAAACACUCCGCACAUUUAGGACCGCGCGCACGCAACCUACAUGUCCGUAAAGACCCUCAUCAUCAACAACAACAACAACAACAACAACAAC